GUUUCUGAGAUUCAUAGGCGAGUGUCUUGGAUUUGUGUCCUCCAAAAGCUCUAAUAUUUAACAUCUACUCUUUCUUCUUCUUCUUCUUCGUCUUCUUCCCUUACCCAAACCAAACAAGUCAAACCCAAACCCCAAAUCUCUUUCGUUACUUUCUUGGAAAAGGCCCUAGAGCUUUUGAAUUGGUCAAAAUCCCUAAUUUACGGUUCCACAAUUCACAUGGAGUCAACGCUAUAAUCCACCCCCAACCACGCGCACAUUCAAUUUUAUUCACCAAAUUCUCUGGAUUUUCUCUUGCAUGACCAGAAGAUAACACAAACCAGGUUCAUUGGAGCGAGGGAGAUUGGGCCCAAUGUCGUCGGAGAUCGAGGUCGUUGACGACGGGGUUCAGUCCCGCGAUGGAGAAUCCGCCGCUCUGGUGGCCAAUUCUGCUGCCCCCGGCGCAGGUUCCGGAGAUGUUAAUGUUAAUGGGGAUGAUAGUUUGCGGAACGAUGUGUACACGGCGGCCGCGUACGGCGAUUUGGAGAAGCUUCAGAGGUUAGUGGAGUGCGAAGGGAGCUCGGUUUCGGAGCCUGAUGGUCUUGGUUACUAUGCUCUUCAGUGGGCUGCUCUCAAUAAUCGAACUGCCGCUGCUCAGUAUAUCAUCGAGCAUGGAGGGGAUAUAAAUGCAACGGACCAUACUGGGCAGACGGCAUUGCACUGGAGUGCAGUCAGAGGCGCAAUCCCGGCUGCAGAGCUUUUGCUCCAGGAGGGUGCUAAGGUCCAUGCUGCUGAUAUGUACGGCUAUCAGACAACACACGUAGCAGCACAAUAUGGUCAGACUGCGUUUUUGUAUCACGUUAUUUCAAAAUGGAAUGCUGACCCAGACAUUCCUGAUAAUGAUGGAAGAAGCCCUUUACACUGGGCUGCAUACAAAGGUUUUGCCGAUAGCAUACGUCUUCUUUUGUUUCUUGAUGCACAUAGAGCGCGCCAAGAUAAAGAGGGUUGCACUCCUCUGCAUUGGGCUGCUAUUAGGGGUAAUUUAGAGGCAUGCACAGUAUUAGUACAGGCUGGCAAAAAGGAAGACUUGAUUAUUACAGAUAACACUGGCCUUACUCCAGCACAGCUUGCUUCUGAUAAAAAUCACAGACAUGUUGCAUUUUUUCUUGGGAAUGCUAGAAGGCUGCUUGACAAGCGUUGUGAUGGAAACAGUCGCCUUGGAAAAAUUUCAAAGCUAGGACUUGCACCCUUUCUUUGGUGUAUGAUCUUUGUGUUACUGGUGACCUACACUCAUUCUGUCAUCAUUGCAUCAAAUCUGCCAAAGUUAACGGCAGGCUCAGGUAUUAUUGCUUGGUUGGGAGUUUUCCUGGCAUCAGCUGGGUUAGUCAUGUUGUACCGGUGUAGCAGUAAGGAUCCAGGUUAUGUCCAAUUGAAUGUACACGAUCCCCAAAAUAUGAAAGAUGAUGCACCUCUUCUGACUAUUGAAAAUAAUGCUGCUCUGCUAGCUGGGAAUUGGUCUCAACUUUGUGCAACAUGCAAGAUUGUCAGGCCACUUCGUGCAAAGCAUUGUUCUACUUGUGAUCGCUGUGUUGAACAAUUUGAUCAUCAUUGCCCUUGGGUGUCCAAUUGCAUUGGCAAGAAAAACAAAUGGGAGUUCUUUAUUUUUCUUGUUCUGGAAGUUGCGGCUAUGUUGAUUACUGGAGGAGUAGCCCUUUCAAGAAUUUUGAGUGAUCCGCUUGCUCCUUCUUCUUUUGGAGCUUGGAUUAGUUAUGUUGUUACUAAUCAUGUAGGUGUGAUGUCAUUUUUAAUUGUGGAUUUUUUCCUUUUCUUCGGGGUGGCUGUUUUAACGGUUGUACAAGCCUCUCAGAUUUCUCGAAAUAUUACAACAAAUGAAAUGGCAAAUUCAAUGCGCUACAGCUACCUUAAAGGCCCAAGUGAUCGGUUCAGAAACCCUUAUGAUCACGGGAUCAGGAGGAAUUGUUCGGAUUUCUUGAUCAAGGGCUACAAUGAAGAUGUGCAGUACAUAGAGCCAUCAUCAUCAGAUGCUGAGGGUAUUGGAAUGAUGCAUUUGCCGAGGAAUGCUAAUUUGCAAAACGGGGAUGCUCAUUCGCAUAGUAGUAAUCACCCAAAUGGCUGCAGUCAUGUUGCCAUCAAUGUGAAUUCCCAACCUACAAAUGCUCAUCAUGGUCACGUUCAUUCUUCACAUUGCAACCACAAUAACCAUGGGAAUCCCAAAACCGAUAACGUUCCAUUAGGUCUUGGCCUUGGUCUUGGACGAAACACAUCUAGAUCUGUCAUAGCUUCAUGAUGCAUGUUCAUGUUCAUCCCAAGCUGUGUUCAGUUUGAAUUUUGUAUUAUAUUCUUACAUUUAAUUGAUUAUUGCUUCUUUUUCUUUACUUUUAUUUUUCCGCCCUUUUAUUACAUAAAAACUUUAAUCUCAUUCAGAUUUCACUGUAAGUCAUCCUUCCUAGCAUAGUUGUAUAUCUCAUUUUGAAUGUCAUAGGUCAAGUGUGCUUUAGGUUCCCAAGACUUGUGCUUGAAAGUAAAGUAAAUGAUAAAGAAAGGAAGCUUUUCAAACUAA